AUGGCAGUCCCGUCUGUCGCAGCAGCUGAGAUGCUGCCUCGAUUCCUUCUUCCUCGGCUGAGCUGGGGCGCUCCGCUCUCCGUUUCACGGGCGACCCGGCCAUUUGCCUCUAUCCCUUCUAGCGAUCAAAGGAGGUCAUUCGCAUCAAUCCAGGCUGGUCCUGUUCCUCGACGCCGCUCCCCUCCAGCCGAAAGCCCUAUUCUAAAGCGAGCAUUCCAUGCGACAACCAUCAGGCAACGAGAUCACCACUUCGAUACGCUCAAGUUUGUUAAGCGGUUACAGGGUGAAGGGUUCACUGAGGAGCAGUCGGCUGCAAUGAUGAAGGUGCUGAACGAUGUCAUUGAAGAGAGCAUCCAAAAUCUCACCAGGACAAUGGUGCUCCGCGAAGAUGCAGCAAAAGCAACGUACACUCAAAAGGUCGACUUUGCCAAGCUGCGUUCCGAGCUUCUAUCCGCCGAUUCCACCGAAUCCAACACGACGCGCACAGCUCACGAAAGAUUGACAAACGACAUUGCCAAGCUCAGUAACAGACUGCGCGACGAGAUCAGCCGCACACAAGCCAGCGUGCGCCUCGACCUUAACUUAGAGAAGGGCCGUAUUAGGGAGGAGGCUGUGGGCCAAGAGCUCAAGAUCAAGGAGACGGAGACAAAGAUUGAGCAGGAGGUUGCUGCGUUGAGGGAGAAGCUGGAGCAGGUCAAGUUCCAAACGCUCCAGUGGCUUAUGGGUGUGUGCACCGGUUUCGCAGCGCUGUUACUUGGUGCUUGGAGAUUGCUCAUGUAA